AUUGCGAAUAUCCACUAUUGGAUUUUGUAAUCCAAUGCGUGACAGUUAUACUUGGAGCUGGAGUUCAGUGAAUAAUGCAUUCACGCUAAGACAUUAUAUUUCAAUAUUAUCGGUGUUUUGACAUCGCGGAUUAUAAUUCCGUGGACACUACUACCAUCACAAUAAAAGAAGCAGCGUGCAUUCAAUCAAUUAACGUUCGUGUUUACUUCUUAAUAAAUAGCUUAUCAUAGGGAGGCUAUUAUUCCCAAACUGAGUGAUAUAUUUGAAAAUCGUAUUGGUUGCAUCGAUGAGAAUUUAAUUACUACGGACAUUAAAGGUGACGCAUUAGUGCGCAUUUCAAAUUUGGUGCGGAAUUUACAUCGCGGAUAUUUCGAAAUCAUAAAUAUUGAUGACACUGGCUGAUAGGCCGGUAUACGGAUUCAGUCAAUUGUUAAAAGUACAACAAUCGGCGUAGCUGUCACUGGAUACUUUAACCGUGUGAGUUUGAUUAUUGGAAUAAAACCAAUAGCAUUGCAAACGCGGAUGAUCUAUCUAUUGAAUUGUCGGUCAGUUAGCGCGUGACAAUAAAACUGAAUUGAUUAGUGAACUUUGUACAUGUUUGAAAUUGUUAAAGACAAAAUUCAUAAUUGGCUAACGAAAUACUUGUGCAGAUCAAAAAUAGCUUUUCGUAAGCUCACUCGUAGUGAUAAUUAAACUGAAUUGAUUGGUGAGCAGUAUACAAGUUAUAGAUAAUAUCACCUCCAAUAAGCUAACGUAACACUUGAGUAGAUCUGACAAAAAUCGCAUACGUAGUGGUAUUGUAAAACCAUGUCGCUCGUGUGGCGAAGUGUUGUGCUCUGUUUGCUGGUACUGGCCGUCUCUGCGACGUUAACGGAAAGGAUCCUCAGAGUACCUCUUUUCGAAGUCGGCGAACUAUGGGUUAACUCCGUUCAAAAACUUUAUGCCAACAUUCUGAACUACGUCGUCGGUUUUUGCGACGUCUAUUCACCGGUGUUUUACGUCGGCCUCGCGUUGGUCGCCUUUGUCGGAUACCACUUGUACCAGCUCCUGUUUGCGCCGUACAACAGAAUUGUGACCCUGGGAGAACUUGGGUACCAGCCGGACGGGAAGUUCUCUAAGAAGGAGAUUGCGAACCGUGUGAAGCGAUGGCGGAAGGUGGGGGAAAUACCUCCCGUGUAUCCAAAUGGAUGGUUUGGGGUCAUAGAAUCGUGGCGCCUGAAAAACGGGGAAUCAGCGAACAUUAACAUGCUAGGCCUGCAGUUGGCGGUGUUCCGAGACGAGCAUGGGACCUCUCACGCCAUCGACGCCUACUGUCCGCACAUGGGGGCGAACCUCGCGGUCGGUGGUCGUGUUAUUGGAGACUGCAUAGAGUGCCCUUUUCACGGCUGGAAGUUCCGGGGCCACGACGGGAAGUGCGUGAGCAUCCCAUACGCCGAUAAAGUACCUGAAGUGGCCAAGGUGACGUCAUACACGACGAUGGAGCUGAACGGCUGGGUGUACCUGUGGCAUCACGCGGAAGGAGCGGAACCCAGCUGGACCCCGAUGGAGCUCGAGGAUAUCACUUCCGGCACGUGGCAGUACAAGGGCCGCACCGAGCACUACAUCAACUCUCACAUCGAGGAAAUCCCGGAAAAUGGCGCCGAUGUCGCUCAUCUGACGCAGGUGCACAAGCCCUUCAUCGCCGCCGGCAUAGACCUGGCCUCCAUGUGGAACAAGUACCUGUCAUGGGGCCAGCAUAAAUGGACCGCAUCCUGGAAUCAACUUCCGGCACCCGACGAGCACGUGGGCUCGCUGAAACUGACUCACGACCUCAAGUUCUUCGGCAUCAGUCUGCCUUUCGUUUUCAUGAACGUGCACGCUUUUCAGGUUGGUCCUGGCAUCGUUUACCUGAAGUUCGAAAGCUUCUUCGGCACGGGCGUAUUCAUCCAGUCCUUGACCCCCGUGGAGCCCAUGCUUCAGAAGCUCACCCACAACAUCUACAUGAACUGGGCGGUACCAAACUGCAUCGCAAAGUUCUUCAUGUAUGGCGAAUGCGUGCAUGUUGAGCGAGACAUCAUGAUUUGGAACAAUAAAAAGUACGCGGGCAAACCUGUGUUCGCGAAGUCUAAUGAAGACAGUCUUAUUGCGCGGCACAGGCGUUGGUACUCCCAGUUCUACUCGGAAAACUCACCGAAACUGAAGUUCCAAAAGGAUGACCUUGAAUUUUGAUCCGAAAUUAUGUCGCAAAUAGUGAGAAUCUCAAAGCGUGCCAUUUUUCUUUUGCAAGCUUUAAAAGGGAUUUGUUCGCAGAUUAUGAGAUUUUUUGAAGAUCGUCAUAUAACGUUUAAAAUUGAUACAUGAAAAAAUUUGAAGUAAAAGGCCCCGGCAUAUAACAAGAUGAGAUAAUAAGAAAGAAAAUUAAAAAAAAACAGUUGAUAGCAUCUUUUCCACAAGCACAGAUGUUAUGAUCUUACGAUUACAAAGCUACCGCCAUAACCACGCGGUCAUCUGUAAUGUGAUGGUUUUGAUACUUUCGAUUCAAUGUAAAUGCAUUCUACGUAUUUUAACAACCCUAUAACGAAAACAACAAAAUUCUCAUUUCGUCUUUGAACCGUAUUGCACUUUUAUAAAUUUCGACUGAAGCUGACUCAUAAAAGAAAACGUCUGAGUCUUGCACUGUGUAAAUGGGGUGAAAUGCAUGUGCGUAAAGUGUCGUUCCAGAUUAGCCUGUGCAGUGCCGACUCUUUCCGCCCAAACUGGAUUUUUGCUGAGAAGAGACUUUUUUGAAACAAGCAAUAUCAUACAAACCGAAAGUGUCGUCCCUGAAUAGUGUCGUCCCUGAAUAGUGUCGUCCCUGAAUAGUGUCGUCCCUGAAUAGUGUCGUCCCUGAUUAGUGUCGUCCCUGAUUAGUGUCGUCCCUGAUUGCACAGGCUAAUCUUGGACAAGUGUCGUCCCUGAAUGCACAGGUUAAUCUGGGACGACACUUUACGCACAUGCAUUGAACUCAUUUUCCACAUAGCACGGUCAAGAUAUUAUGAAUUUAUCAAAGCCAUUAGCGUUAUUAGGCUACAUUAUGUAAAGCGGUCUGUUAAUGUUUAUAUAUGUGCACACUGUUGGAGAAUUGUCAUUCCGACCUAAUGGGAACAAAAACCUUAAAAGCCGCCCCGUCACUGGAUUUGGUGUGUGGUUUAUAUGUCAAAACAUAAUUAUUAAAGCGUUCUGGCAUAUAAGAUGUGUUCUCAUUUACAGCUAAAAACAUAGCAGUUCAGUACUCGUGUUAUCUUAAUAUUAUGUUUUAUUAUUAUUUAGUUGUUACUGAGAAACCAAACAUCACUCGGGACGUCAAAUAGUUCCAGAAUGGAAAAUUGUAAAGUUACAAAAUUGAAUAUAAUAAUGUGCAACGUUCUUUGUUUUAACAGCGAAGUCACCGAUAAAAAAGUUGUGCACGAUACGAUCAUCAUAUGCAUGUAUCGCUCACUAAGUUUACCGGUAACUUAAAACUAAUCGUUAAGUAUUUUUUUUCUGUUAUCAAGUCCAAUUAAUUUGCUAACAAUAAAUGUUAUGAUUAGUCAAAUGUAGUUUAGAUGAAGCAAUGCGUAUCCUGAUAUUUAUAUUUACUUUUUUGCCCCCGGUAGGGUGGCAUAUAGCAGUUGAACUGUCCGUCAAUCCGUCCGUCCGUCCGUCUGUUCGUCCGUCGGUCCGUCCGUCCGAAAACUUUAUCAUUGCCCAUAACUUUUGCAAUAUUGAAUAUAGCAACUUGAUAUUUGGCAUUCAUGUGUAUCUCAUGGAGCUGCACAUUUUGAGUGGUGAAAGGUCAAGGUCAUCUUUCAAGGUCAAAUAUAUGGCUUCAAAGCGGCGCAGUAGUGGGCAUUGUGUUUCUGACAAACACAUCUCUUGUUUCCUUUCGUAUUUAUGCUGUUAUAUAGCAUUUUAUUAGAUAAUUAAUUUGCACAAUGUACACAUUUAUUUUCCCGAUAAGUGCCAUUACUAAGAAUCCAUCCAAUCAUUUUGAUAAAUGAUAAUCAAUAAUGUAAUAUAUUUGCUCACGAAUAGAUGUAAAUGGUAAUAGUGAUAUUGUAGAAGCGUGUACAUAAUUGUUUUGAUACAGCAUAUACAAUUAUAAUGCAUGUAAAGGUGUGCAUUGUUCUAGAUUUAUAAUGAGUCUCGUUCGGGUUUAAACUGGGCUUCAUGCACGCGCGUAAUGUGACGUCCCAGAUUAGUCUGUGCAGUCCACAAAAGCUUAACAGGAACGAAACGUUCCGUCUUUAAAAAAAUUUCGCAGAUAAGAGACUUCUUUUAAACAAAAAUCCAUGAAAGUGUUGACCAUGAUUAGCUUUUGCGAACUGCACAGGCUAAUCCGGGACGACACUAAACGCAUAUGCAUUAAGCCCUAUAUUCCCAUAACGAGUUCUAAUGAUUAUGUCUGCGAAAUCGUCCCAUCGUCAGACGCUUUAUCCUCUAUGGCAGACAGUCUUCCUCUUAGUUCUCCAUCGCGUCCGAUGUAGAGUAAUCUAUUGAAGCCAUAAAUGGUGUUAAAAAUUUGCGACCGGUGUAGACGUAAUCUAUUGGAGCCAUAUAUGGUGUGGAUAAUAUGCGUUUAUACAUUUUUUUCUGUAUAUGUGCCGUGCUCUGUGGAAAGUGGGUUCAAAGCAUCCGCGUUAAGUGCCGUCCCAGAUUAGCCAGUACAGUCCGCACAGGCUAAUCAGAAACACACUUUCCGAUUUCAUGAUAUUUUUCGUUUAAAGAAAGUUUCUUCUUUACAAAAAGAAAGUUUAGGCGGAAAGUGCCGUCCCUGAUACGUUACGCACAUUCAUUAAACCCACUUUUCACAGCCCAUAUAUAUUGACAUACUUUAAAGGCUGACAUUUAAUUGUCCACUGUGUGCUUUAAGUGCACGUUGUAUGAGUGCAUUUUCAGUUAUGGAUGUGUGCGUAUUUAAAAACGUGUUGUCUGUAUUUUUGUAUAGUUCACUUUUGUAUUUCUUUAGUCAUAAAGUAUUUACUAUAUAUCGGUUAUCUACUGUAUAUAGGUGAAUGUUUUCAAAGCAACUUGUGAUUUUUAUUUUACAUUCUAUAGCGUUAAGAUGCGUAUUAACUCUUGCUUAUGUUUGAUUUGUACAUGUUUGAUGUUAUUGUCUUCUGGUAUGUGCACAGAAUUGAUUGCAUAGUAGAAAAUACGUUCAUGUGUUGCAAUGUGAAAAAUUGGUUGAUUUAUAUAUAAAAAAAAACUUUUAAGCCAAUGGCCCGGUUGAUUCAAACUUAUUUGACUGUUGUCAUUUUAUGACAAGCAAUUCUUCCUUUUGUUGGAGAGCAUCUUACUUAAUACAUAUUAGUAAUUAAUAUAAUUGCACUAUGUAAAUAUUGAAAUAAAAAAUGGCCUGACAUUUAAUACAUGAGUUUGCGUAUAUGUUUUAUAAUAUUUGUAUUGUUGCAAUUGUUUCUGAUUUCGUGUGCGACACAUGUAACAUCUGUAUGUGCGUUACUUCUUUCAAGUUCGCAGUUGACGUUCGUUAGUACUGUAUAUAAUAAUGCACGUUUAAAUGUUUAUAGUAAUUUAGAAAUAACUUAUGGAUGUACGUCAUUCUAAAAUGAUUGCUCACAUAACAUAACUUACGACGUACUCUAUGGUCUGCACAUAAUAGCAAUAAUUAUAUUUAUUAUUUUUAGAAAAAUCACAUUAGUAUGUUAUUGUUUAAAAUUUCUUAUUCUGUCUUAAGAUGUCUUCGUUUUAAGGAACUGCAAUGCUUUUUUUAUUAAUAUAUGAUUAACUUUUUGCAAUAAGAUUUGAGGAUAAGUAACUUAUUCAAAUAGUUAAAUUAAAUAAUAUCAUUUCAUCAACAAUUAAACUGGGAUAUAUCAGUUCUCGAAGAUUUAGUCCUCAUUAAAUAAUGGGCAUUCAUACCGUAUAAAAGUAAGAUAUGUAAGAAAAAUAGCAUUUCACUUCUUAUUAUACUGAAUUUCCUCUGUAAGACCAGUAAACUAGUUAAUAGUAAUAUUUUUGGGAUGAACGUAUCAGUUUGUAUCAAUAAACAAACUGUACUUUCAUCUCAAAAUUAAUUUGAUUUUUAUCUUAAAUGCUUUGUGUUGCUAAACUUAUGUUUCUUUAUCUACAUACUUGGUUGGUCUUAAUGUAACAGUUCGUCUCAAUAACGUUAAGUUAUUCACAUGGUUUUGCUUUCUGUGAUAAUUGUACUUUAACGAUACCAAACAGAUAUAAACAUGACACGUGUGUGCCUGUGAUAAAUAACCAUGAACAUAACAUGGUAUACUUUACUUUAAAAAAUGUAUGUCUCUAAACUCAUACGUUAUCAAUAAAAUUUAGUAGUAUA